GCCGCGGCCUAAAAGUAGCGCCGGGUCGGUGCGGGGAGCGUCCGGGUGGCCGUCGGGGCCCGCGGAGGAGCGGGCGGAGCGCAGGCGGCGCACGAUCUUAGAAAAUUUCAGCUAUAGCCCAUGGACUAGACGCUGAAAUAAAUAGAAGCGGUGUACGAUGCAUUAGGGUCUUGAAGAGAAGUAAUUUUUGACUUAAAUAUUUGGAAUAUCAGGAAGGAAAGGUGCCUGAAAAUGGGGCGGAAGAAAAUACAAAUCACACGCAUUCUGGAUGAAAGGAACCGGCAGGUGACCUUCACCAAGCGCAAGUUCGGGCUGAUGAAGAAGGCCUAUGAGCUGAGCGUGCUGUGCGACUGCGAGAUCGCGCUCAUCAUCUUCAACAGCUCCAACAAGCUCUUCCAGUACGCCAGCACCGACAUGGACAAGGUGCUGCUCAAGUACACGGAGUACAACGAGCCCCACGAGAGCAGGACCAACUCGGACAUCGUGGAGACCCUAAGAAAGAAAGGCCUCAAUGGUUGUGAGAGCCCUGAUGCUGACGAGUACUUUGAGCACAGUCCACUGUCGGACGACAGAUUCAGCAAACUAACUGAAGAGAGUGAUUUUAUUUUCAAAAGAGGCCCUGCUCUGAGCAAGAAGGAGCACCGAGGCUGCGACAGCCCCGACCCUGACACUUCCUAUGUGCUCACUCCUCACACGGAAGAAAAAUAUAAAAAAAUUAACGAGGAAUUUGAUAACAUGAUGCGGAGUCACAAGCUCGCACCCGGGGUGCCCCCUCAGAACUUUUCCAUGUCUGUCACUGUCCCCGUGACCAGCCCUAGCAUUUUGUCCUACACUAACCCAGGGGGGUCCCUGGUGGCCCCGUCUUUGGCAGCCAGCUCAACGCUAACAGAUUCGAGCAUGCUGUCUCCGCCUCAAGCCACGUUGCACAGGAACGUGUCCCCUGGAGCCCCUCAGAGACCUCCGAGUACUGGCAACCCAGGUGGGAUGCUGAGCACGUCAGACCUCCCGGUGCCAAACGGAGCUGGAAGCAGCCCAGUGGGGAAUGGAUUUCUAAAUUCCAGAGCCUCUCCGAACUUGAUCGGAAGUCCCAGCGCGACUGGUGCGGGCAAAGUCCUGCCCACCAAAUCCCCCCCUCCUCCGGGUGGGGGCAGCCUCGGAAUGAGCAGCCGCAAGCCGGACCUUCGCGUGGUCAUCCCUCCUUCCAGCAAGGGCAUGAUGCCCCCCCUGAACACCCAAAGGAUCGGUGGCUCUCAGGCCGUGCAGCCCAGCCUGGCCACCCCCGUGGUGUCCGUGACCACCCCCAGCCUGCCCCCACAGGGCGUCGUGUACUCAGCAAUGCCCACGGCCUACAGCACUGAUUACUCGCUGCCCAGUGCCGACCUGUCUGCCCUGCAGGGCUUCAGCCCCCCGGGAACGCUGGCUCUGGGCCAGGUGGCUGCCUGGCCACAGCACCAGCUCGGGCAGGCCGCCCUCAGCUCUCUCGUCGCCGGCGGGCAUGUUUCUCAGGGUUCCAGCCUCUCCAUCAACACCAGCCCCAACAUCAGCAUCAAGACGGAGCCCAUCUCGCCGCCCCGGGACCGCGUGACGCCCUCCGGCUUCCAGCCGCAGCCGCAGCCCCGCCAGGAGAUGGGCCGCUCGCCCGUGGACAGUCUGAGCAGCUCCAGCAGCUCCUACGACGGCAGCGACCGGGAGGACCCCCGCGCCGACUUCCACUCGCCCCUGGUGCUGGCCAGGCCUCCGGACGCCGAGGACAGGGACAGCCCCUCGGGGAAGCGGAUGCGGAUGGACGCCUGGGUCACCUAGGGUGGCUGGACGGGCACGGCGGAGCUGCCCUGCCUGCCCGGCGCCUGUCAGGGGCACACACAUAUAUAUCCCUUCACGUAUGUAUGUAUGUGGGUGUGCGUGUGCGAGGGGGGGUGGGCAUACCAGCCGGGCGCUUCCCCCACGCGCUCCGUGUCUGUGUGUGGCCCACGGAGCCGCUGGAGGCAGAGUUCGG